AUGCUUUUCCAGGUCUACUUUGAGGUCCAUGGAUUCGUCCAAGGCGUGGGCUUUCGAUACUAUACGAGGAAAAAGGCCCAAGAAUAUGGCGUCACUGGAUGGUGUCGCAACACUGCCAAUGACACGGUCGAGGGCGAAGCACAGGGAAGCGAAGACGUCAUGAAAAAGUUCUUCGAAGCCAUCGGCAAAGGCCCGAGCCACUCCGACGUCACCAAAGUCGUCAAGGAGGACCGCGAUGUGAUAGAAGGGGACAGUAGCUUCGAAGUUCGACGUUGA